UUACAAUCACUUUUCCUUUUCAUUCAGGAACUAACUGGCUGAUUGAGAUUGUCUGCUUGAUUCAGACCAAGGGAGAUCCGAACUGGAUCCAAACUAUGCCCAUUUGGGACCGCUCACCCUGGCUAGAGACUGAUAUAGGAUAUCCUGCAAUAGUCAAUAAGGAAGGACCACGACUCAUGUCCUCCCAUCUUCCCAUCCAUCUCUUCUCCAAGUCUUUCUUCAGUUCCAAGGCCAAGGCGAUCUAUCUCAUCAGAAAUCCCAGAGAUAUUCUUGUGUCUGGUUACUUUUUCUGGGGUAACACAAACCUUGUGAAGAAUCCAGGGUCACUUGGAACUUAUUUUGAGUGGUUCCUCGAAGGAAAUGUCGUAUUUGGAUCAUGGUUUGAGCAUGUACGUGGCUGGCUGUCCAUGAGAGAAUGGGACAACUUCUUGGUACUGUACUAUGAAGACAUGAAAAAGACCGGGCUCAUUCGGUUUCCCCUCAAUCUGUGGGAAUCAAGGUUCUGGCAGUUGGGCAUGGAGUCAACGAGUAUUGACAGACAGACGCAGACAGGAGAGAGUACAAUUGGGGACUGGAAGAAUCACUUCACAGUAGCCCAAGCUGAAACCUUCGAUAAAGUUUUCCAGGAGAAAAUGGCCGGAUUCCCCCCAAGGAUGUUCCCAUGGGAAUAAGUUUUCAAAACUUUUAAAUAUUACAUGAACACUGAUGUUUAGGUUCCUGUUGUUCUAUAUCUGAGUACCUGAAUGUGGUCAUGCAAUAAAUCCUGUUGUGGAA